CUAGGGUCUUUGGAGAGUGGAGAGCGAGAAUGCGCGGGCGUGGGACGGGGCGGACGAAGAUAGGUUUUGAAAUUGCGCCGGCGCGGGAACGGACAUGGUGGGUUGGCGGUAGCGUGAGGGCUGGUCGAGUUGCCGUGCCGAAGGCUGGUCGAGUUGUCGAAGGGGUGCUGAAGGAGACGGACGCCUCUGUCGUAGCCAGGGGGCAAGAGGAAGAAGACCCACAGCGACAAGGUGAGGUGGAAGGAGCUGUCCGAGUCGUCCAAGAAGCUACACUAACGACUACACCAGGACGGCAAGGACAGCGUCACCACCACCAAACAACAGGAGAGACAACAACAACAACAACAACAACAACAGCAGCAGCAGCAGCAACAGCGACGUCAAGGACUGCAACAACAACAACAGCACCAACAAACAACAAGAAGAAGAACAACAAGAUGUCGUUCCCGGCAGCCACUGCAGACGUCAACGCCUACACCAAGUCCGUCUUGGACAUGACGUGGUCGGAGAUCGCAGCCCAGACCACGAGCAUACUCGCCGUGUGCUUCGAAAUCGUCCCGUUCGUGGCGAAGAACGCGACGUACUUCAGGACGCUGCGGAGGUCUUCCCGCGUGUACCGGGAGCUGUUCAAAGCUCACUUCUUCGACGGGAAACCCAAGGAGACAAGGAAGGCGUUCCUCUUCAUCAUCUGGUGCUCCGCCUUUGUCCUUAUGAAGCCGAGGGUGCAGAGGAUCAUCAGCUCCCUGAAGGACGACCUCUUGAAGACGGAGGUCCAGAUCAUCCUGGAUUACCACUUCGUCAACGCCAGGGCCCAGGCCGAUGACGUCAACAAGUACACGAUCCUCGACGUGAGGAGCGCGUUUCCCGACUGCACCACGCUCUUCAGGAUGAGGGCGUUCGGGAAGGAGAUGUACGAGUUCCACGUGUACGAGGAUAUCCCGACGGUGGUGGUCCCGGCGACGGAAAAGGGGAGGCAGAUGCCGUCGGCGAGCAUCAGCAGCACAGCAGGUCACCUCAUCAAGAUCCCGAAAUGGUUCGCGUACCCGCACGUCGGCCAGCUGAAUUUGAACGAGGACACGCAGAGAAUCCACAGGAAGUUCACGGAGCACUUCUGGCGGGACGUGUUGAAGAAGAAGAGCGGGGGCCAUGGUCACGGCUUCGACUCCCAGGAGUUGGAAUGGUACAACACCACCAUCGCCAACGACGAGUACGCGUUGGUCAAAAUCGGUAAUGUCAUCCCGCCCAAGAAGCCGUACGACUUGGCUGACAUGAUACAGUACGCUGACGAGCUGAACAGCUUGGUAUCAGCCGAAGCGGACAAAAGCGAGAUGUUUUGAUCAUGGACAUCCCACUCUUGUAGGUGGAGUAGCACAUGUCGUAGAAUUAGCAGAUGGCAAUGCAGAUGAUUGGGAGUCGUUGGAUCCGCUAAGUAGUCGACGUGGAAGAGCACCUUGAAGGUCAUCCUGCACUUGAGGAAUACGGUUGAUUACGACUCUUUGGCAUACAUCUUCGGGCGCAUGCAGUGCAAGUUCACGUUGUAUUAAGGGGUAAUUGCAGAAAUUAUGAGAAAUAUAAUGUAUCAGACGUUGUUCUUUGUGCGUGCGUGUGCGUGUGUCUGAUUUGGGAGACGGGGAGAAACACGGUGUGUCAUUCGUGUGUCACUAUGCCAGAUAUUGUGUCAAAUACAACGAAAAAAAUAAAAAAUAAAAAUGCCCUAAAUAC